AUGAUUCCGAGCUUUGCACGAGAUAUUAGUUGGAUAGUAGUAUUAUUUUUAAUAUUAAUAUUAUCUGUAUUUAUAUUACAUACCAACUCAACAACAACAAAUACACAAGAUAAAGAUGAAACUACAAUUCAUAUUAACAAAUUAGAUAGUGAUGCUGCACAUCCCAUUAAAUUAACUUCACCAAACAAGACAUUGACAUUAACAUCAAAAGGUACAUUUAAAAUAUUACAAUUUACCGAUUUACAUUAUGGAGAGUCGAUUUGGAAGGAUAUGAUGAAUGAAAUAGCUCAACGUGGUGUAUUGGAUAAUGAACCGGAUAUUGACUUGGUCGUGCUGACUGGAGAUGCGUUGUCUGGGUUCGCGUGGGAUAAGAAGACCGUGGGAUGGGGGAAAUCAAAGUGGGCAAAGAUUGUUCAGCCCAUGAUGGACCAUCAGUUGAGAUGGGCGUUGGCAAUGGGCAACCACGACGACCAAGGUGACUUGAACCGCAUGCAAGUGGUCGAGCUCGACUCGUCGUACCCCUACUCGCUCACACAAAUGGGUCCGUACACGGCCAACGGCACGACCAACUACUAUCUACCCAUCUAUGACGCCAACGGAGACAUGCAGGUAAUCCUCUACUUUUUCGACUCAUCCGAUGACAAUUGCAUGGGUAUUGAAGGGUGGGGAUGCGUGUAUCCCGAUCAGGUAGAAUGGUAUCGUCAGACUUCGGCAAUGCUACGUGCCAAGAAUGGUGGACGUAUACUACCGGCACUAGCAUUCCUUCAUAUUCCAGUACCAGAGUUUCUGGAAAUGUGGAACUUUUACAAUGUCAGUGGUAAUCUAGAGGAUACUGGAGUAUGCUGUUUCUCGGUCAACACGGGUCUAUUCUCUGCCUUUUUAGAGAUGGGUGAUGUCGUCUCUAUACACUGCGGUCACGACCACUCCAACGACUUUAUCGGGUCGAUGCAUGGUAUCCAAAUGGCAUACGGACGCAAGUCGGGGUACGGUAGCUACGGACCACCCUCGGGUUGGCACCACGGAGCUCGUGUCAUUGAAAUAUCGACCCAACCAACAUUCUCCAUCAACACUUGGAUCAGAGAUGAAAUGGGUCAACUUGAAAGCACCCAACCCUUCCAUGCAGCCAAUCCCAACCAAACCUGGAACGAAUGUUGUGACACUGCCGGUUUCAUCCAACAAUAUCAAACCAUCUCACAUUGUAAACAAUAUGAAAUGGAUUUUAGAUCAAAUCUAAAAGACAAUCAACAACAACAACAACAACAACAAGAUGAUCAACAAGAUAAUCACGACCAUGUAAAUUUUAAUUAA